UGGAAGCGAUGCCGGUGACUGCGGUGUGAAUCUUGAAAUUUGAAAAAUAAAAACUAAAUAAAGAUAUUAUCAGGAGUUAAAUUAACUUGGGUGGGGUUAAUUAGUAAAAAGAAUAAGAUAUUAAAGGCUAUCCAUAAAACAUUUUUGAUAUUAUUGUCCAAACGCAGCAAAAUGGAUUUAAAGUUAUCUGAAGGAUCUCUUGAGGUUAUAAUGAAUGGAGGAGACUACAAUAAGCCAGUGAUGCAAGUACUCGGCAGCAAGAAGAUACAGGGCAGCGGAGCUAAUGAGCGGUUUCGACUGUUGGUAUCAGAUGGCAAACACUCACACAGUUUUGCCAUGCUCGCCACACAACUGAAUGAUAAGCUUAUUACAGGAGAACUAUCAGACUAUUCUGUGGUACAGAUAGAUAGAUUUGUUACAUCUCUACUCAAGAACACAGGGAAAGGAGAAAAGAGAGUAAUGAUCAUCUUAGAUAUAACAAUCUUGGCUCCUGGUUCUGAAAUUGGCAAGAAGCUUGGCAACCCUCAAACUUGGACUGAGGAGUCAGCAGCGCAGGCACCUGCGUCAGCUCCAAAUCCAGCACCUAAACCUGCUCCAGCAUUGAGCUCUAUACCAAAACUAGCUCCCACUCCAUCCCUGGACUCCAGUAUGCUGAACACACAGAUGACACAUCCAAUCGCACAUUUGAGCCCUUAUCAAAACAAGUGGGUAAUAAAAGCCCGUGUGAUGUCCAAAUCAGCCAUUCGACACUGGAGCAACGCAAGAGGAGAAGGGAAACUGUUUAGUAUGGAUCUGUGUGAUGAAAGUGGAGAGAUCAGGGCCACAGCUUUUAAAAAUGAGUGCGACAAGUUUUACGAUAUGAUACAAGUUGAUAAGGUUUACUACAUAAGCAGGUGUCAACUUAAAACAGCAAAUAAACAAUUCUCCAGCUUGAAAAAUGAUUAUGAGAUGACAUUCACCGCUGACACAGUGGUUGCUGAAUGUAUGGAGGACUCCUCUGCAGUGCCAUCGAUCAAAUUCGAAUUUAUGCCAAUCAAUGAAAUAGCUAACAAAAAUCCAGAUACGCUGCUUGAUGUGAUAGGCGUUUGCAAAAUGGCUGCCGAUGUACAGGAGCUCACGGCUCGCAGCACGGGGAAGCUACUGAAGAAGAGAGAAGUCACCUUGGUAGACUCAUCAGGUGGCGCUAUAUCACUAACCUUAUGGGGAAAUGAUGCAGAGAAAUUUGACGGCAGUUCAAAUCCUGUUGUCGCGGCGAAGGGUGCCCGUCUAACGGAGUUCAACAGCAGCAAGUCGCUCUCGUGUUUAGCGAGCACCAUGCUGCGUAUCAACCCCGACCUGCCCGAGGCGCACAAGCUCAAGGGAUGGUACGACAACGGUGGCGCCGAUAUGGAGAUCGUCAAUAUAUCUGCCAGGAGCGGCAACUACGGCGGCGGCGGCGAGUGGCUGACGUUCGGCGAGGCGGCCGCCAAGCAGCUCGGCGCGGGCGAGCGCGGAGACAGCUUCACUCUGCUCGGGGCUCUCACGUUUACGUUCGCGGACAACGCAGUGUACCGCGCCUGUCCCGCUGACGGAUGCAACAAGAAGCUGGUCGACCAAGAGAACGGACUGUUCCGCUGCGAGAAGUGUAACAGGGACUAUCCGAAUUUCAAACAUCGGUUGUUGCUUGCGGCUACAGUAUCAGAUCCCACGGGCGACCAGCGUGUAACCGCGUUCAAUGAAGCCGCGGAGAGUAUUCUCGGCAAGCCGGCCUCGGAGGUCGGCAAGCUCUUGGACUACGAUAAGGCGGCGUAUGCACAACUCUUCGAUGAAGUCAAGUUCAAAACAUACGUGUUCAAGUUGCGAACGAAAAUGGAAACAUACAGUGAUGAAGCAAGACUUAAGACUAUAGUGAUGGCAGCAUCUCCAGUAGAUUACAAAGAUGUUAAUGCAAGACUUAUCAAAAGUAUUAAGGCGCUGAGUGGUGUUGAAGUUUAAACAGUGAUCUAAAACAUAUUUCAUAAUUUAUUUUGUAUGUAACAAGUAACUGAUUAUGUAAUUAUGUGUAACCAGCACAGUGGUAAGGACUAUUUUGCUCACUUUUAUAUUCAGUGAGAGACCGGCUCUCGAAAUAUGUUCCAAUAAUCUUGUUGAAUCUUUUUUUGAUAAUAAUGAUAAAUUGUGUAGUAGCUUAAAGCAGAAAUAAAUAUUUUUUU